AUGUGUAAAUCCGGCGGGGAAGAACUGAAACACCUUAUUAUAUCGUAUCCAACUACAAGCACUAUUUUAGUACUGUUCUCAAAGUAUUUUAUUGUUUUUCUUUAUCUAUCUCUAUCCUCAACUAUCACAUCAUCAAUUCUUUUGGUCACAACCACCGCAAAAGAUUUUUGUUACUACUGUCUCAUCUCAAGCGCGACUAUUAUUAUCAACAGUUUCAGUAGUAUAAAUAUUGACAAACGUGGCAUCGUGUGUAGAGUAGUAGGUUUACAGGCCGGCGUAGGGUCAGGCGUGGGGGCAGACGUGAUAGCAGGGGAGAAAGCAGGCGUGAGGUCUGGCGUGAAGGCUGGUGUUAAGGAUGGUGUUAAGGAUGGCGAGGCGGUAGCAUUUGGGGAGAGCUGA